GUCGAAGCCUUGUGGCGACCCGUUGGCUCCCGCCGGUUUUGAUGGCCCACCGUCAGGCGCAGCGGUCUCUCCGAGCCCUUCCCGCCUUCCCCACCCCUCCCCCGACCCUCCUCAGGCCCGUGCAGGCCACCAGCGCACGGACGUACUCAUCGGGAGUCGUCAAUGUACAGGUAAGUACCGACACACCCACCGCACCCAGCCUCACAAGAAUGCAGAUGUGCUGGAGGAGAGUGCUGUGCUCGUGUGUCUGUGGUUGGUUGUUGCAGCCCACUUUCUCUCCCAUUCGUGACUUUGCCGAGUUCUACACGUCGCUGCGGGUAGUGCCCAAGACCGACCCUGCCGCCAGCCACGUCGACCCGGGGACGGCCUUCCUCUAUGUGCGCAAUGUGCUUAAGGACGUGCCCGUGGCUGAGGCGCUGGAGAUAUUCUCGAUGGGCCAGGUCAAGGGCUUCGUGGACGAGACGGCGUUCAAACGGGCCCUCACCUGUGUGCUGGAGAGAUACCACAACCACCCGCUGCACCACAGCAACGGGCUGACCAUUCCUGACGGGCUGCUCGACGGUGCGCAGGGAGGGAGAGGGAAGAGAGACGGGGGAUGGGAUGCUUUGCGUCACUUCACUUGGUCUCUCAUUUGUGGCGUUUGUGUUGGUGCGUGUUGUGGUGUGGUCAGCUGCGUGGGGGAUUUUUGACAAGUUGCGUCAGGGCAAGGUGAACGUGCUGGAGCUGACGCCCACCAUCUGCUUCUACUGCAAAGGCACCGUCGAAGACAGAAUAGAUGGUACUUACACAUAUGUCAAGAGGGAAUGGAGGCGGGGGACGCAGAUGUGCAGGUGUCGGCACAGACGAGUCUGUCAUCAUGUCACGUCAGCUGUGUUUGCGUUGUUUGAUGAGGACCACAACGGCUACAUUGAGUUCGAGGAGAUGACCAAACUGCUCACAUCGCUGUACAGAGGUGCGCACCGUGCUGACAGACAGACAUUGGUUGGUUGAUGCGGUAGCAAGACGCCACCUGGCCUGACCGUGUCUGCCGUGUGUGGUGUGGACGCAGUGACGUUGACGGAGAAGACCAAGCAGGUGCUAUCCGACUUCAAGAUUGACGUGCAGACACCCGAAGAGGUCAGUCAGUCAGGCGACACACGAGCACGCACAGCACCAUUCCACCCACACCCACCCAUGGCAUCUCUUGACGUUUGCCCGCAGCUCUCCAACCUGACGGCGACGGAGUGCUUCAGGGCGGCGGACGUCAACCACGAUCGCAAGCUGUCGCCCGAGGAGUUCAAGGUCUGGUGCCUCACACCCCCCACCCAACUCUCACCCGGGGAGUCCCUCCUCCGCACCCCCCUUAGCAACCUGCUGCUCGCCAUCAUGGAGCCGCAGAAGCCCUUCUGACUGCUGCAGCCCUGGCUGCCUGGCUUGUCCAGAGUGUUGUGUGAUACGUGUUGUGUAGGGGGCGGGGGACUUUGAGAUUUUUUCGCGUGGAUUGCUGUGGUUAUGAUUGGAGAAUAUGGCUGCGAGGAGCUUCUUUUGUCGCGACGAGAGAUGCCAAUUGACGAGAGGGAGAGAGGGAGGGAGGAAGUGCAGGCAGGUUUUCCGCCGUGUCUGUGAGUGUGCCUAAUGCUCAUCCACACAUGUAUGGUGAUCAUGGCUGGCCUCAGGUCAGCCGCCCUAUGGACCAACGACAUGCACCCACACGCGCACACUCCCACACGGGCAUACACACACACAUACUCGCUGCCUUGACCGGCCUUCAGUCACUCCUUUCGGGGGCACCACGCCUCUCAUACAGACACAGACAGACAG